AAGGAGAAGGAUAAGAAAUCUCAGCAGCACUACCAGGUGGUGGGGUGGGCACUCCAAAAACCUGUGGAUUGGAGAAGAGCAAAUGACAAUAGAGAAUUAAUUCCUAGCUACAGCCAUCUAAACGUGUCUACUCGGAAUAGUAGAUCUGACAAAGUAUCUGAUGGUGGUGGUUUCUGGUGGAUGAAUCAACAGAUGAACCAAAUUGUUGAUGCAGGAAGAAUUCUUAGGGCUACUUUGGUUGAUCUCGUCUUACAUGUCAAUGUCAUUUGGGGUGAUGAGAGUGAAUUUUUUGAUAUAUUUGAUUUGGAUCAUUUCAAGGAAGUUCUUGCAAAUGAUGUGAGAGUAGUUUCAUCUUUGCCAUCUACACAUUUGAUGACAAUGACCAGGGGGAAGUGCCCACCCUGGUCCUCAUGUGGGAUGUGGCUCCGCCCAUGA